CCCUACUUUAUAUAACAUGGCUGAAGAUUCUAGUCAUCGUGUUGGAAUACAUGGCGAGGUUUCAACAUCUCAAUUCAAUAACAGGAUGUUAAUUGAUAGUGGGAACGGGCUAGGGGAAGAUGGGCCUCUGAUAUCCACGACAGCUACACCUCGUCACUUUCAACCGCCAUCCAGCGUACCUCAUCGACAGAGUCUAUUGUUAGCGUCCAAUCGACGGGCCACGAUGCUCUUCCGCACCAUGGACCAUUCUCAACCGCCCGUUGAAGAUCAAAAAAAUUCAGCGGAAGUGAAUGCCCGAUUACGCCGCGAUUAUGAAACUGUUCAAUCGCUCAACCGAUCAAUAGAAUCCAUUAUUCAGGAUUUCCAGGAAGCCACAGGCAAAAUUCAGACUUUUGCCGAUACAGUGGAUCAGACCAACCAGCUGUUAGACGUAUGGAUGCACAUUUUAUCGCAGACUGAACACACUAAGCGACUUUUGGAAGAUCCCCAAUGGCAUGGGAGGGAUACAACCGACUCUGGCUCAUAAAUCUCUAGAUUACUAUCAGCAAAAGAAGAAGAAGAAAAGGGACUAUACGGACAUCAUCAAUAGGCUACUUUUCUUUUCCCUUUCUUGGGGAAGUCGCAGGGCGACUAUCAAUACCUUUUAACGUGUACAUAUUUAUUCCUUUCAAUCGUAAACUCGUUUUCAUGUGCCCUUAUUGUCCCUUAUGAUCACCAUCGUAUAUAAUUCUUUUUCUUUCUGCUAUCCCGAAACGGAGUUGAAGUGGUUCAUCCGAUUUGUCGCUUUCGUAAGGACGAUUUCAGCAUCAUUUGGUCCACGACAAUGAUAAAAU